AUGAAUUCAAUGGAAGUACGUGAAUAUUUCAGUGAAUAUAUUGACUGCGUAGAUGUGGUCAAAUUGGCAAGCAUUCUCCCUGAUGGGGGAUUUUUGGCCCUUGAAUUAAUGAGACGAGACGCCCAUUCUGUAAUGAAGGAUAUGCUCUAUGGUCCCAAUAGUGAUAAAAUCAACAUAUUCGCAAACUCUGAUAUAUUUAUGCCUACUCAGGACCCAAAAUCUUCUGACAAGUUUUCUCGAACCAUAUUCUCCCUCCCAUCGAAUCAAAAACACUUCGAAAUUAAAGACAGUACAUGUGCAGUAAUUAAACCCCAUGCUGUUAAUAAUGGAUUAAUUGGAGAAAUAUUGGAAAACAUUCUCUCUGGUGGAUUUCAGAUAAUAGCUGCUCGGGAUUUUAUUCUAUCUAAAGCAGACGCCAUUGAAUUUUUGGAAGUUUACAAGGGCGUGCUCAAUGAAUAUCCAAAGUUAAUCAAUGAGUUUACAAAUGGAAUAUGCGUGGCUCUACAUAUUACUCAUUGUGAUCCUCGCUACAUACCUGGAGAUCCAGAUUCCGUACAGCAAAAGUUUCGAGAAUUUAUCGGUCCUAUGGACCCGGAAAUAGCACGAUGUAUUAAGCCAAAUAGUAUUCGCGCCAAAUAUGGAGUUAACCUCGUCGAAAAUGCUGUUCACUGUACAGAUCUACCGGAUGAUGUUCAAUUAGAGAUUGACUUCCUGUUCCGCAUGUUGAGUGAUUAA